AUGGGUCACCAAGAACUCUCCAGGAGCCCUCUAAGGGAAUUUGGCCAGGGUUCUUGUUCUUUCUGCAUCUGCUCAAACCGACAUGGACUGAUCCACACAUGUAGCCUCAAUAUGUGCCACCAAUGUUUCCAUCAGUACGUGAUAGAUAUAGGCUUCAUUAUGUUGGAUUAA